UGCAGGCUCCGUGCAGGAGCACCGGCAGGUAAACAAGGAGGAAAACAAACAAACAGGCUGAAUGUUUGUCAACAACAGUCCGCUGCAGCUCAAACUGUGACACACUGUUUACUGUGCGCACGCGCAGACGUUGUUUACAGUUGUGUUUGUUUGUGUUUGUUUAUUUAUGUACAGAUAGUUCAGACUCCUCUCUGUUGUUGUUUGUGUUGAUAUCAUCGUGUUGCUGUUAAACUUCCGGUUUUAUUUGUUGUGGUGUUGUUGGACUGAGUUAGUGCGUGCGGAGGGAUCUGCCGCCACAGGCGCAGCAGCAGCUGGAGUCGGCCUACCGCCGCCCCACGGUGCGUAAAAAGCCUUCCGCCGCGCUGGUUAGACCCGCUCGUUCAGCGCUUUAAAGCAGCAGAAAUGUCCCUCACAGCCACCGUUUGACACAAUAACAGCACACACGGCGCACAGGACAGACUCCCGCCGUCCUCUGCGCCGUCCUACAGCCCGCAGCGGCGGUGCGGGACGCGGCGGGACGCGGCGGGAGCGGAGCGAGGAGCGCGACAGCGACACGGUGGCCGCUGCGGAGAGCGAGCGAACAGCAGCUGAUAAAAGCCUCCAGCUCCUGCUGACAUUUUCUAUCCGGACACAGCGGCUGGAAAACGGACAGUCAGAGCGCGGAGAUGCCGGGGAUGAUGGAUAAAGGCUCGGAGUAUUUGGGGAAAGGUCGCUCGAACGGAACCAAGAGUCCGUCCAACGCUUCUAACGGACAUUUUUCUGACGAGAGCGGCAGCGACGACGAACACGAUGUGGGGAUGCGGGUCGGAGCCGACUACCAGGCCAACAUUCCCGAGUUCGAGCCCGGCUCCACCAAGUACUCGGACAAAGACAGCGGAGGGAUGCUCGUCUGGUCUCCGUAUCACUGCAUCAUCGACGCCAAACUGGACGAGUACAUCGCCAUCGCCAAAGAGAAACACGGGUACAACGUGGAGCAGGCUCUCGGGAUGCUCUUCUGGCACAAACACAACGUUGAGAAAUCUCUGGCCGACCUUCCGAACUUCACUCCAUUUCCUGACGAGUGGACGGUGGAGGACCGAGUUCUGUUCGAACAGGCCUUCAGCUUCCACGGGAAGAGCUUCCACCGGAUCCAGCAGAUGUUACCGGACAAAUCUAUCUCCAGUCUGGUGAAGUACUACUACUCCUGGAAGAAGACUCGCUCCAGAACCAGUCUGAUGGACCGUCAGGCUCGCAAGCUGGCCAACAGGAGCAACCAGGACGACAGUGAUGAGGAGAUGGAGGAGGCCAAUCCCGUAGAAGCCAACGACAGCGACUACGACCCCAACAAGGAAACCAAGAAAGAGAACCAGGUGGAGCCGGCGGUGCCGGGCUCUAAGGUGGCUCUGGGCCGGCGGGAGCACCAGACCCUCCAGCACCGGCACCACCAGCGCUCUCGCUGCCGCCCCCCCAAAGGCAUGUACCUGACCCAGGAGGACGUGGUGGCCGUGUCCUGCAGCACCUCCGCAGCCAACACCCUCCUCCGUCAGCUGGACAUGGAGCUGGUGUCCCUCAAGAGACAGUGUUUACGUCUCGUUGUUCAGGUGCAGAACGCCAAACAGAUGAACAGCGGACUGAAACACGUACUGGAGUCUGGGAUCGAAGAGUUCAGGCUGCCUGAGUGUAACCAGAAGGUGAACGCCCGCUGGACCACGGACGAGCAGCUCCUGGCUGUUCAAGGUGUCAGGAAAUACGGGAAAGACUUCCAGGCCAUUGCCGACGUCAUCGGCAACAAGACAGUGGGCCAGGUGAAGAACUUCUUUGUGAACUACCGGCGGCGGUUCAACCUGGAUGAGGUGCUGCAGGAGUGGGAGGCUGAGCAGGGGACGCGAGCUCCCAACGGAGACAGCGCCACCUCUGGAGAGGAGGGGAAGAACAGCUCCACCACUCCGUCGGGGAAGAGCACCGACGAGGAGGAUGAAGAGGGUCAGGUGACUUCCUCAGGUGCGUCUCCUGCUGCCUCCUCGUCUUCUUCAGCUCAGAUUCCAGUGACUUCCAGCGCCUCCUCCUCUUCCCUCCAUCAGCCCCCUCCCCUCCUGCGGCCCUCCCUCCCAGCCACGCCCUCCCUGCACCGCCAGCCGCCGCCCCUCCAACAGCAGGCCCGCUUCCUGCAGCCCCGCCCCACACUGCAGCAGCCGCCACCCCUAAUCCGCCCCUCCAAACCCGCGUGCCCCCCCCCAACCACGCGCCUUCCCGCUCCAAUGAAUGACCCUCUGUGGCAACCCCGGGGGAUCUGGUCUGAGCUCCACCCAGCAGCCUCCCGGCCUGGCUGUCCACCAAUCAGAGACGGCCUCAUCUUCCUCCCAUUAACGAACGUCAGAGUUUCUGAAGAAGAAAGUCUGAAGCUGCUGCGUUCAGGUCCUCACGUGCUGCUGCCGCGCUGUCAGUUGGACACUCACGCGGAUCCAGUGUCGUCCAAUCAGAACACUUCUCUGUGA